AUGGCCCAUGCGCUGCAAAGCCAACUGGAACAGGUCGGCACCUACGAAGGGCUGGCGUUUACCGAGCGAUUAGCGUUGAUGGUGGAUCAGGAAACCCUCGCUCGCGAGCAGCGCAAGCAGCAACGUCUGAUCCGCCAGGCACGCUUCAAACUCACCGCCUGUGUCGCUGACAUCGACUAUGAGCACCGACGAAAUCUGAGCAAAGCCACGAUGGCCCAACUCUCCCAGUUGGACUGGAUCCGGCGCGGGCAGAACCUGCUGAUCACCGGUCCUUGCGGCAGUGGCAAAACCUAUCUGGCCUGUGCGCUGGGCCACAAUGCGUGCCUGCACGGCGACUGUGUCCGCUACUACCGCCUGUCACGGCUGUUAACGGAACUAACCCAGGCCAAGGCUGAUGGCAGCUACACCAAGGAACUGAAGAAACUGGCCAAAACCCAGGUGCUGAUCCUGGAUGACUGGGGUCUAGAAACACUGGCUCCGGCCCACCGUAACGACCUGCUGGAAAUCCUGGAUGAUCGUCACGGGCAAACCUCGACCGUCGUCAUCAGUCAGCUACCCACGGACCAGUGGUAUGCCAGCAUCGGCGAUAACACCCUGGCUGACGCCAUCUUGGACCGACUCAUGCACAACGCGCACCGGCUCAAACUGAGCGGUGAGUCCAUGCGGAAAAAACAGGCCGAGUUGACGCAAAGUGAACACUUGGAGUAA